AUGAUGAAUCCGAUGGUUUAUGCUCAAAUGUGGCCAUAUUACGAGUACGCGUACGGGCGAUCGAGAACACGACGCAUGUCUCUAGACGAAGGCAGACAGUCACAGAGGCCGUACCGAUACGGUAUGGUACUGUUGUGCGCCGGUGCACUGAUCAAUUGGUUGGGUCUAGCAGAAGACUACGCGGAACCCGUUCGCUACGUGGGCGUCGCGUGUAUCGUCGCAGGAGCGCUACUUAUUUGCGCUGCCAUGUGUUGCUGGUUACAGUCGCCUGCAAGGCAACCCCAGACAGAUCGGACAUCGCCUGACACACAUCAGAUUGAUGAUCCUAUACACGUAAUAUCUAUGCCAGAUGAAGAAACAAUGCAGCAGAAACCCCCUGACUAUGAUACAGUAGCGGGAGCUCCACCCACAUACGACGAUGCUAUAAAGCUGAACCCAGCACGAUUGCUUCCCGCCACCAGCAGCGCUAGACACGACUUGCACCUUUUCGGAGAUGCAUCCAUCAUUCCUGGUCAACCCGACGAUGCACCACCUAGCCCUCUGACAGCCAUCGCUCCUGUCCAUCGAUCACAGGUCCCAAAGACCCCGCCGCCACCAUAUAACCCCACGCACGCUAUAAGAUGA